UCUAUAUCUUUAGUAACACAAGGUCUAGUUAACUUUGCUUCUUCACGCUUUUGGUCUUUUCCGGUUAACGUGUUGUAUAUGCGGAAUGAAGCAAAUUGUCACUAAUCAAACAGUUAAAAUUCCAGACGGAUUGACUGUUACAGUCAACUCCCGUCUGGUAACUGUAAAAGGACCAAGAGGCGUUCUAAAACGGUCCUUCAAACAUCUGGCGCUUGACAUUCGUAUGGUCAGCCCAAGAUUAUUGAAGGUGGAAAAAUGGUUUGGUACGAAAAAGGAAUUGGCUGCAGUUCGUACAGUAUGUUCUCAUAUUGAAAACAUGCUGAAAGGAGUAACGAAGGGUUAUCAAUAUAAAAUGCGUGCCGUAUAUGCGCAUUUCCCAAUUAAUUGCGUUACAACUGAAAGUAACACCGUUAUUGAGAUCCGAAACUUCUUGGGUGAAAAAUUUAUACGCCGGGUCAAAAUGGCACCUGGUGUAACUGUGGCUAACUCGGCCAAACAAAAGGACGAGUUGAUUAUUGAAGGAAAUAGUUUAGAAGAUGUGUCGCGAUCAGCUGCUCUUAUUCAGCAAUCGACUACGGUAAAGAACAAAGACAUCAGAAAGUUCUUGGAUGGACUUUAUGUGUCUGAAAAAACCACAGUUGUACAAGAUGAUGAAUAAAAUAAAUCCUGGAUUAAUAUUAAUAAAAGUACCAUUACUGACCCACAUAGUGUCGUAAAAAAUAUUUAAUUUUUUAUUUGUACUAAUAACAGUACAAUACUUCUCAGCUGUAAAACUUCUCACUGUAAAAAAAAGAAGGUAAUUACGUCAAGUA